CUUAAGGUCGUUCAGUAUUGUUGAUGUGAUGGAGGAAGAGCAUAGUUCAAGCUCAUUCAAAAUUGGUGAAACCCCACAAGAGAGGGGGUUUUCCUACGUACCAGACUGUUACGUGAUUCCAUCUUCGCACCGGCCGAGUUCGGCCCCGGAGACCGCCUUUGUACCCACCAUCGAUUGGGGUAUGUUGAGGCAGGAUGCCGCACAGCGAACUAGCGUUAUCAAGCAAGUUGGAAAUGCUUGUCGUCGCUUAGGCUUUUUCCAAAUUGUGAAUCAUGGAAUUUCACAGUCGAUUAUGGACGGAGCUCUGUCGACGGCGUUUGAUUUUUUUGAGUUGCCGAUGAAAGAGAAGGUGAAGCAUAUGUCUAAUGACAUAUACAAGCCAGUAAGGUAUGGUACUGGGCUCAAGGAUGGUGAGGACAAGGUCCAGUUCUGGAGGGUAUUUCUCAAGCAUUAUGCAAAUCCCCUCACUGACUGGAUUCAUUUAUGGCCUAAUAAUCCUCCUCAUUACAGGGAAAAUAUGGGGAAAUACUGUGGGGAAGUGAGAAAUCUAGCAUUGGAACUGAUGGGAGUCAUCACAGAGAGCCUAGGCUUAGGACCAACAUACAACCAUAUUACCAACAAAAUUGAGAAUGGAGUGCAAGUGAUUGCUGUGAAUUACUACCCACCAUGUCCAAACCCAGAUAUUGCAUUAGGCCUCCCUCCACACUCCGACUACUCCUGCUUCACACUUGUGCUCCAGAGCUCGACAGGGCUCGAAAUCGCUAAUCGAGAGGACAGCAGCAAGUGGCAGGUGAUCCCAGAACAAAGAGGAGCACUUGAAGUUCAUGUAGGAGACCAUGUCGAGGUACUAAGCAAUGGAAUCUACAAGAGUGUGGUUCAUAGGGCCACACUUCAUUCAUCAAGGAAAAGAGUGUCCAUUGCUAGCUUGCAUAGUUUGGGGAUGGAUGAUAAAAUGGGAGUUGCUAAGGAGCUUGUUGAUGAGGAGAACCCACCUGGGUACAAGGAGAGUAGCUUCAGAGAUUUCUUGAAUUUUCUUUCCAAGAAUGACAUUGCUGAAGGGAAGAGCUUUAUUGAUUCCAUAAGGAUCAAUAAAAAUAUCUGAAGUCUUUUUUUUUUUCAAAUAUUAUAGCAAGAGAACUAACUAGUAGUAGACAUCCACUCAUGCAAGUUUUAGCGUA